AGCCAUGGUGCGAGAGGGGGGCGUGGUCACGGGGAUCCCCGUUCGGGCGCUGUGUUUCCGGUGACGGAGUCUCGCUGACGCGCGCCAUCGCCGUGACGGCCCGCGGAAGUUAACCCCAUCGCCUCCACCCACCGCCGCGAACACGCUGCCCGAAGUUCGAUGGUUCAUUCGGAGCGCCAUGAGCCGCCCGUCUUCCGCCGGACCGUGUGCCAGCAAGCCCUGCGGUAAACAGAAGCAGCCGCCGCCGCUCCCUCCCCCCCACGCUCCGUCCCCGGGGCUGUCCAGCACGCUGUGUCCCGGGCCCUCCGCUCCCACGGCGGCCGCCGCUGCCCUCCCCGUGUCCCAGCAGCACCUGGAGCUCACCUCGCUGUUCGAGUGCUCGGUGUGCUUCGACUAUGUGUCGCCCCCCAUCCUGCAGUGCCAGGCCGGGCACCUCAUCUGUAACCAAUGCCGCCAGAAACUGAGCUGCUGCACCACCUGCAGGGCCUCCCUCACCCCCAGCAUCCGCAACCUGGCCAUGGAGAAGGUGGCCUCCAACAUACUAUUCCCCUGCAAGUAUUCGUCUACAGGUUGCUCCCUAUCCCUCCUUCACACAGAGAAGCCCAAUCAUGAGAAUAUCUGUGAAUAUCGUCCAUAUUCAUGCCCUUGUCCUGGUGCUUCCUGUAAAUGGCAAGGUUCAUUGGACGCAGUUAUGCCCCACUUAACACAUGCCCACAAGAGCAUCACCACCCUUCAAGGAGAAGACAUAGUCUUCCUUGCAACAGACAUUAAUCUGCCAGGGGCUGUUGAUUGGGUUAUGAUGCAGUUCUGCUUCAGCCACCACUUCAUGCUGGUCCUUGAAAAGCAAGAAAAGUAUGAAGGACACCAACAAUUCUUUGCUAUUGUCCUUCUUAUUGGCACACGAAAACAGGCAGAGAAUUUUGCUUACAGACUGGAACUCAAUGGUAACCGCAGACGUUUGGCUUGGGAAGCAACUCCAAGGUCUAUUCAUGAUGGAGUAGCGGCAGCAAUCAUGAACAGUGACUGUUUGGUUUUUGACACUGCCAUUGCGCAUCUCUUUGCAGAUAAUGGAAACCUGGGCAUUAAUGUGACCAUAUCCACAUGUUGUCCAUAAUUUAUUUGUGCUCUCUAUGGAGAAGAUGAUUAUUUAAGUGGCUAUGUUAUGAAUAGUGCAGUUUUUGAAUUUUAUUCGUCUUCAUUAAAGUGGACUGAUUUUUGCUAACCAAGCAUCAUGCCAAUGUCUGCCAACAUUUUUUUAGAACUCUUUAUAGCAGUGGACUAAAGCUGUGAUUCAACAUGAACAGAUUUGAUGGAUUAUUUUUUUAAUGUUGCUGUUUU